UUGCUUCCUUAUGGGGGAAAAUAUCUAUAAGAACUACAAACAUUUUGGCAAGCCUUGAAGACUCACAGAGUAGCACAUCAUCAGAUGUGAUAGAUGCCCAGCACUGAGUAGAAGCUCCUGUACUUAAAGAGAAACUAGGAGAUUUGAGUUAUGGAUUGCAGGCUGAUUGUCCUGGUCUUUACAGGAACAGUGCUCCAUGCUGCGUUUGCCCAAACUCGUCAAUACUACUUUGUGAACAGAACUCUGAACUGGACAGAUGCUCAAAGUGUCUGCAGACGGGACUACACUGACCUGGCCACCAUAGAAAGUAUAGCAGACGUUGAAGCUGUUAAUCGCACCAUUUCAAACUACACUGGUUUCGGGUGGAUAGGUCUGUAUGAUGACUUGGUAAACUCCUGGAAAUGGUCCAUAGAUGACAGUAGCUUUUAUGGUGAUGGAGAGACUGACUUUAGAAACUGGAACUCAGGCCAGCCCAAUAAUCUUAAUGGAAAACAGCACUGUGUCAAACUAUUGAGUGGGAGUCCCUAUUUAGGCAAAUGGGAUGACAACAACUGUGAUGAAAAAAAUAAAUUUGUGUGCUACAAUGGCACUGUUGGCGGUUCACCAUCCUAUGUUGUCAGUGAUAUCUCACUUAACUGGAUGGAAGCUCAGAAGUUCUGUCGGAAGUAUUAUUUUGAUCUUGCCAGUGUUCGCAAUCAGAGUGAAAAUGACAGGAUCUCAAUACUUGAAGAUGAAUCUUUUCUGUGGAUUGGCCUUUAUCGAGAAAAACUCUGGUCUGAUGGCAGCACCUCUUUAUUUCGAUACUGGGCAUCUGGUCAACCAACCCUUAGCGAUCAUGAGUGUAUGACUGCAAAUUUUAAUAAUUCUGGAGAAUGGCAUGAUGCACACUGCUCCCUGCCCUACCCUUUCAUCUGCUACAAACCAAUUCCACCCAAUGCAGGAAACUUUGGGCCAUCAGCACAAGAUGAGACCAGUAUCACUCUGCAGUGGGAUAAAAUCAACAACAACAUCAGCUUUGUUCUCCUGUUUAAUGGCACAGAGACAAACAUCAGUGCACCAGAAGGAGAUGGACCAAUAAGCCACACUGUCUCAUCUCUGUCUGCUGGAACUAAAUAUACAUUCACUCUCUUUUCUGUGCUCGAUAGCAUCAGAAGCAAUGGAGUACAAAUUAAAGCUGUCACUGCUCCUGAAAAUGCAGAGGGCUUUAGAUCCUCAUCACAAAAUGAGAGCAGCAUCACUCUGCAGUGGGAUAAAAGGAACAACAACUACAGCUAUGUUCUCUUCUUCAAUGGUGCGGAAAUAUUCAUUAAUGCACCACAUGGAGAUGGACCAGUAACUCACACACUCUCAUCUCUAACUGCUGGAACUAAAUACACAUUCCUCCUCACCACGGUGUUUGAGAAUGUCAGGAGCAGAGGAGUACAGCUUUCGGCUGUCACUGCUCCUCAAAAUCCAAGCAACUUUAGACCAUUAAGCCAAGAUGAGACCAGUAUCACUCUGCAGUGGGAUAAAAUCAACAACAACACCAGCUUUGUUCUCCAGUUUAAUGGCACAGAGACAAACAUUGGAGCAACAGACAGAGAUGGACUAUUAACUCACACAGUCACAUCUCUGACUGCUGGAGCUAAAUACACAUUCACCCUCUUCUCUGUGUUUGAGAAUGUCAGAAGCAAUGGAGUCAGCAUCAAUGCUACUACUGGACCAAAUUACAUCGUUGCCUUGGAUAUGAAUCUAAAGACCUAUGGUAGAUUGACCACUGACCUAACUGAAACAGAAGGUGAGGUACUGAGUCAUGUGUCCAGGCAGGUGGACUUUGGCCAACAAGGGUUCCUGAGUUGA